AUGACAGAAAAAGAGCAAAUAGCACAUGUCUCGAAAAGUACAUGCAAUCUAUGUGAAUGUAAUUUUUCUAUCAAAAACCAAAAGGUGGCAGAUCACUGCCAUCUAUCAGGGACAUUUAGGCAAACUUUAUGCAAUACUUGCAACCUGAAACUCCAAAAACCUAACUUUAUACCGUGCUUUCUACACAAUUUGUCUAAUUACGAUGCACAUUUCAUCGUAACCGAACUCGGAAAUGACACUAAAUCAAUCUCAGUAAUUCCAAACAGUGAAGAAAAAUACAUUUCAUUUUCAAAACACGUUACCAACAACUUUUCAAUUCGAUUCAUAGACUCUUGUCGAUUCAUGGCAUCAAAGUUAUCAACACUCGCAGAAAAUUUAUUAACACCAGGGUUCAAGAAGUUCAGAGAAACCGCAAAAGCAUUCGCACCCAGAGAUAUGAAUCUCGUCACACGUAAGGGUGUAUACCCUUACGAGUUUACCGAUAGUUGGGACAAGUUAGAAGAAACGAUUUUGCCUCGGAAAGAAGAUUUUUAUAGCACAUUAACGGAAGAACAUAUAGACGAUGAGGAAUACGAACACGCAGUCACAGUAUGGAACCAUUUCAAAUGCAAAACCCUAGGAGAAUAUAGCGAUUUGUAUCUAAAAAUUGACGUGCUGCUGUUGGCUGACGUGUUUGAAAAUUUCAGAGACAUGUGCAUUUCUACAUACAAUUUAGACCCUGUUUACUACUUUACAGCUCCAGGUUUUAGUUUUGACUGUAUGUUGAAAUAUACCAAAGUCAAACUAGAAUUACUCUCUGAUUUUGACACCCACUUAUUUUUCGAAAAUUCAAUCCGCGGCGGCCUCACACAAGCAAGUAUGAGGUACGCUAAAGCUAAUAAUGAAAAAACCCAAGAUUAUGACCCAACAAAGUCAAAAUCGUGGAUAGUUUACCAAGAUUGUAACAAUUUGUACGGGUGGGCAAUGUCACAGCACAUGCCAUACGGUGACUUUAAAUGGGUGGAGCCUAAGUUAGAUGGAUUAGAUGCUUUGACGCCGACGUCAGAUAUAGGCAGAGUGUAUGAGGUAGACAUAUCAUACCCUAAUGAACUCCAUGACUUACACAACGAUCUUCCAUUUUUACCUGAGAACAAAAUUCCUCCUGGUUCAAAAGUGAAAAAACUUAUGGCGACACUUCAUUCAAAAAAAAAUUACGUAAUCCAUUAUCGAAACCUGCAGCAAGCCAUAGCAAAUGGUUUAAUUGUAGAAAAAGUACACAGAGUUUUAGAGUUCAAACAAUCGGAUUGGCUUGCAAAAUACAUUAAAUUAAAUACCGAAAUGAGGAAGAACGCAAAGAAUGAAUUCGAAAAGGAUUUCUUCAAACUCUUAAACAAUGCAGUUUUUGGGAAAACUAUGGAAUCUUUACGGAAACGUUUUAAGAUGGAACUAGUUUCAUGUCCACAAAGAUUACAAAAACUAAUCAACAAGCAAACAUUUAAACAUUGUACGACAUACAGUGAAAAUCUUGCUGCUGUCUCAUUGGAAAACAAAAUUAUCAUGUUUAACAAGCCAAUAUAUAUAGGUUUCGCAGUAUUAGAUAUCAGUAAAACCAUGAUGUACGAUUACCAUUUUAAUGUAAUGAAGGCGCAUUAUGGUGAUAAUAUCAACCUCAUGUAUACAGAUACAGAUUCACUGAUAUAUCACAUUAAGACUGACGAUUUUUACAAAGAUUUGAAGUGCAAUUCAAACUUACUUGACCGGAUGGAUACUUCAGAUUUACCGAUAGACCAUCCAUGCUACAUUUCCGAACGAAAGAAAAUUCCAGGAUUGUUCUCCGAUGAGGGAAAGGGACAGCUAAUUACCCAGUUUAUCGCGCUUCGAGCAAAGUCAUACGCUUACAUUUUGAACGACAAGGAGAAAAUUAAGGCAAAAGGCGUACGAGGGCACGUAGUUAAAAAUCACAUGGCUUUCAAUGAUCAUUUCGAUUGCCUUUUCGCCGAUGACGAAAAAGAGAACUCUAAACUGUAUACUAGGGAAAAUGUAUCCAUCAGAUCAUUCAACCAUAAGAUACGAACAAUCAAAUCCAAAAAAUUAUGCUUCAACCGACAAGAUGAUAAGCGGAUAGCAAAGACCGAUAGAAUACAUACCUACGCUCAUGGACAUUUUAAACUCGAUUGUUAAUUGUAUUUAAAAAAAAAAAAAAAAACUAUAAACAUACAUAUAUAUUUGUAAAUUAUAUUUAAUUUUAUAAAUGUUUAGGUUAAUUUAAUUUUUAUUUUGUGAAAUAUCUCUGUAGAUAUUAAUUAGUUUAUUAUUUUUGUAAAAUAGCUGUGUAGAUAUUAUUGUGUUUUGUUUUUUAUUUUGUAAAAUAUCUCUAUAUAUAUAUUAAAUUGUUUUUUUUUUGUAAUAAAGUCACUUAUCAUAAUUCAAAUCUUUUUAUUAUUUUUGAUAUAUUAUUUCCUUUUCUCGCAUGUAUAAUUCUUUACAUCUGAACAUACAUUGUAAAGGUACAUGUAUGCUAGAACAAUAUAAGUAUACUAUCAUGGCUUCAUAUUAUUUAAUGCUAAAU